UUAAGAAAAUUCUUCAUAAUCCAAAUAAUUGUAAUAUUAUAAUGUUAAGUAUAUUUACAAAUAAUUGUUAUAUUCGAAAAAAUCAACUAACCUCACUAAUCAAAAUAUUGAAUAUAAAUUUAGUGACUCGUAAUAAACAUACAGAUUUAAAAAUGAUAUUAAAUAGUGGAGAAGCACUUGUGUAUCACGAAAAAGGAGCAGAAACGUUUGAUUUAAUGCUACGUUAUGAAUGUCCAACAAUUAAGAUCGAUCGUCAAUUCAACUUUACAAGACGUAUCAAUGAGACCGUUGAUUUAUUUGUCAAUAAACUCAAUAACAAUAUUAGUAAAAUAUUAAUGAAAAGAAGAAAGAAAUUUGAGGAUGCACUUGACGAAAUUUUAAAGAAAGAUAUAUUCUUGUACAAAGAUGACGUUAAGAUAAGUGGUGAUGUGUCGUUUGAAACUAUUUUGAAGGAUGUAAAUAAUCUUAAAUUAGUGAUAUUUGAUGAGACAUUUAUAAUCAAGAAAAAUAUGCCAAUUGUCAAUCGUCUUACUUUAGCUUCAUCUAUACAAUGCGGUUUUCCAACAUAUCCAGCUAAAUUUAAUGCAUUGCAUACGGAUAAUAAAAUAUCUGACUUUAGUUGGUACAAAACAAAUAAAGAUUCCAAACAAGCAUGGUUACACGUUGGAGAUGGAUAUUUUUACAUACCAAAUAUAUCUGAUAUUGGUUAUAGAUUAAAAUUGAGUUGCACUCCAAGAAACAAUAAUGAUUAUGGACCUUUAACUGAAGUCGAAUCUAAAGGUUUGGUAGAAGCUGGUCCAGGACCUUGUCCGUUUGAUACUCGUCAUCUAUUUACUAAUAAUAAAUUGACAGGCAAAAGUUUCAGAGUUACAUCCUAUAAUAUAUUAGCAGAAUCGUAUUCUAGUACUACUUACAGUAAAGAAAAUUUAUUUCCUUAUUGUCCAGCAUAUGCUCUAGAAAUGGAUUAUCGUAAGCAACUUAUACUCAAAGAAUUAAUAGGAUUUAACUCCGAUAUAAUUUGCCUCCAAGAGGUCGAUAGUAAGAUUUAUGAGAAUGACCUUACGCCAAAUUUGUCCUUACUAGGAUAUAAAAGUAUAUUUAAUACAAAAAAUUCAAUGUCUGAAGGUCUAGCAAUAUUUUUUAACGAAAACAGAUUCGAAGAACUGUGUUCUGAUUUGACAGUUAUAGGGCAUAAUACUGAAAUGCCUAAAUUUGCACAAGUUUGGUCAAAAAUACAGAAUGAAAAGGCAAAGAAACGAUUUUUAGAUAGAAAUACAACUGCACAGAUAAUUGCAUUAAGGUCAAAGGAAAGACCAUCAGAUAUUUUAGUUAUUACUAAUACGCAUUUAUAUUUUCAUCCUGAAGCGGAUCACAUACGUUUGUUACAAGGAUAUUACAUAUUACUGUAUAUAGAAAAAUUUGUAGAAAAUAUGAAGACAAAGUGUCCUGAUAGUAAUGUUAGCAUUUUAUUAUGCGGCGAUUUCAACAGUGUACCUGAAUGCGGUAUUUAUCAAUUAAUGACAGAAAACUAUAUACCUGAAAAUUAUAAAGAUUGGAGCAGUAAUUCCGAAGAAACUGUAGAAGAUGUAUCUUUAACCCAUAGUAUUUCUUUUGCAAGUGCGUGCGGAACACCAACGUAUACAAAUUACACUCCAGCUUUUUCAGGCUGUUUGGAUUACAUAUUUUACGAAAAGAAUAAACUUGAAGUAGAGCAAGUAAUUCCAAUGCCUAGUUUGGAAGAAGUUAGUGCAAAUAUUGGUUUACCUUCUGUAGUAUUCCCAAGUGAUCAUAUAUCAUUAUGUGCUGAUUUAAAAUGGAUCGCAUAAUAAGUGAUAAAGUAAUUGAAUUUUAUAAUAUAACAUAUUUGUAUAAAUGCUAAAGAUAAAAUAAAUAAAAAAGUAAG